ACCACAUAAGUGACAGACUUAGGCGACGAGAGAAUCCAGUUUCGGGCUUGCGAAGCUGCACCAAUGUCAAUGCCUCGUCGAUCCGACGCGCCAUAGCCAACCUCAUCUGCCGCCCCCCUCUGCUCAACGCCAUGUGGCUCGAUCGUCUCGGGCACAAUGCUCCCCCAUCCGGCUUCGACUCCCGCCCGAUCUCUCCUCUCCCCAGACGUAUCUCCGGUCGAGGGUCCCCUUACAUCACCGCAUCAUCGUCACAGCAGCGCUCCGCAAGGGCCUCGACGGUGUCGCUCGUCUCGUCGAGCGAUGGCACGGGCUCGACCACGUCCCUGCUGAGGGGCCGGGCCAACGGCUCUACAGGCGCAGGCGUUGCGCCGGCGGGCUCGAGCCUGCGGCAGAGCCAUACUGUGGUGGUCGAUGACGGGCGGGAGAGCCUGGAUGUGCUGGGCAAGAUAUUGGGCGAGGAGGCCGUCGCGAAUGGUGGGAGCGGGAGUGUCAGCCCGUUGUCACGAGGGGCAGAGGGCGUAGGCAUACGAGAGGAGGACCUUGAUCUUGAGGUCGACUUCGGCGGGCUCUCGCUGAGGGAAUACCUUGCGCGGGAUGAGGUCAGCGGCGAUGAGGGGGUAUAUAGAUCACAGACAGUUGAGGAAUACGAGCACGACAAGACCAAAUUUGAGGACUUACACCGCUCGAUCCGCGCCUGCGACGAUGUCUUGACCUCCGUAGAGACGAACCUGACCUCCUUCCGCAACGACCUAGCUGCUGUGUCGGCCGACAUCGAGACGCUGCAGGCGCGGUCGCAGGCGCUCAACGUACGUCUCGAGAACCGGCAGGCCCUCGAGAAGGGGCUGGGCCCUGUCGUGGAGGAGCUCAGUGUGGGCCCCCACGUUGUGUCCAAGAUCGCCGAGGGCCAUGUCGAUGAGGCUUGGAUCAAGGUCCUGGCCGAGCUAGAUCGACGGUCCGAGGCGUACAAGAAGACGAUGCAGGGGCAGGGGCAGAGCAGGGCCCUGGCGGAUUUGGGGCCAUUGCUGGAGAAGUUGACAUUGAAGGCUAUUGAGAGGAUAAGGGAUCACCUCGUGGCACAGAUCAAAGCCCUGAGGUCACCACAUAUCAACGCGCAGAUCAUCCAGCAGCAGAACUUUCUCAAGUUCAAAGACCUCUACACCUUUCUACACAAGCAUCAUGCCGCCCUCGCCGACGAGAUCUGUCAGGCAUACAGGAACACGAUGCGCUGGUACUACCUCAACCAGUUCACCCGGUACCAGAAGGCGCUGGAAAAGCUCAAGCUGCACACGAUUGACAGAACCGACGUGCUGGGCCACGAAGACUCAUCCCGCAAGGCCACGGUGCUGAGCGGCACCUCCAAGCUCGGCGGCGCGCCGCACGAUGCGUUCAGCCUGGGAAGACGUAUCGACCUGCUCAAGACGGCCAGCCAGGCGGCCAUCAGCUCCUACCUGGCCGAGGAGGACCAGUCGACACACUACCUCGAGGUCCCCUUCCGGAACUUCAACCUCGCGCUCGUCGACAACGCGACUGCCGAGUACACCUUCCUCGCGUCCUUCUUCGCGCCGGCGCUCAGCAUGUCCACGAUCGGAAAGCACUUUGCCCACAUCUUCGAGCCGACUUUCGCGCUGGGCCACGCCCUGACUCGACAGCUCGUCAGCGAGACGUACGACAGCCUCGGCCUGCUGCUGUGCAUCCGGCUGAACCAGCACCUCGCCUUCGAGCUGCAGCGCAGGCGCGUGCCGGCCAUGGACGGCUACGUCAACGGCACGUCCAUGAUGCUGUGGCCCAGGCUGCAGAGCGUCAUGGACGCCCACUGCGAGAGCGUGCGCGCCCUCACCUCGUCCCUGCCCUCGCGGCCCGUCCCCGCCGCCACCGCAAAGACCACCUCGGCCGCCCCGCACGUCGUCACCCAGCGCUUCGGCCAGCUCGUCUGCGGCAUCCUGGCGCUGUCGCUCGAGGCCGGCGACGACGAGCCCGUGGUCACGAGCCUCGGCCGCCUGCGGAGCGAGAUGGAGGCCUUCUUGACCAGGUACAGCCAGGCCUACUUCGGCGCCGACACCAGAGGCAAGAAGAGGGAGCGGUUCUUGUAUAAUAACUACUCGCUUAUAUUGACUAUUAUCGGGGACGUGGACUGUCUUGAAAGUUUUUGA